UAUCAUUAACCAUGUAUGGUGUUCAAGCUCUUGGUUUUGGCCUUCCCCUCUUCACCGGAGCUGCAGUUCUUUUCAAAUGGAAGGAAUUUGAACAUCCCAUGAAGCGUUCUUAUGCUAGAAAAACUAUGUGGUUCCAAGUACUUGACUCCAUCACGAAGUCCCUUUCGUUGGUAGCAUUUGUACUCUCUCUAAGACUCUUUCAGAAGAUUUGGAAAGCUCGUCUCAGACUACCUGCUAAUAAGCCUCUAAAUGUGAAUCAAAAUCCUAGUGAUAAACCAGUUUUUCUUUCUUCCUGGACUAUUCACACGGUGGGGUUUCUAGCUCUUCUCAUCAUUCACAACAAAAAGACAGAAGAUGGGGUCGGGAUCAGAAAUAACCAUAAGCCUCCCGAGUGGGUGGCUGACCUGGGUGAGUACAUGGGUCUUGUUCAGGACUUCUUUUUGCUUCCUCAAAUCAUCGGUAAUAUCAUAUGGAAGGCCCAGGUUAAACCCUUGAGGAAAGUUUAUUACAUCGGGUUCACAGCUCUGAGGUUGCUUCUCCGGGCCUAUGAUUAUGUAAGGGAUCCUGUCAUCGGAUUCUACAUCCAUCAAAGCGAUUUCAACCAAAGCUCAGAGUUCUUCUCAAAGUCUGAAGGCAUUGUGAUAAUGGCAAUUCUUGUUGUUCUUGCUAUCACAGUUGGGGUCCAACAGAGGUGGAACUUCAACAAGCCUAAUAAUCAGUUUGCAGUGUACAUCUAGCUCUCUGUAUGAUCAUGUGAUUCAUCUUUUUAGCUACACCAUCAUAUUGUGGGGUACCUGUUGAGAGUUAUGCCUUAGUAUCUGCUGAAAGAAAGGCUGCAAACAUCAACCACAUGCAAUUGAAGUUAGCGAGAUUACUAGAGUACUGAUGCAAUUUUUAUGUUUCUGUUUUGUUGAUGCUAUUUUAUUGUUUUUGUUUUUAAGUCAAAUUCUGAUGCUAUUUUGUAGGAGGUAGUUGUUUGUUCAACAAGUAGCUUAAUUUGCUGUUUUUUUAGGUCAUAUUUGUUACAAUAUCGUGUAUAAAUUUUUCCU